GCCUCCGCCCUGCAGAUGGUCCACGUGGCCGAGCGCUGCGCACAGGCCCUCUCCCGGUAUUUGGCCCCCAAAGCGGGCCCCUUGCUCUGUGGAGAGGAAGAGGACAGCGAGGAGGAGGAGGAAGUGGCCGAGUCCUCCACGGCUCCAACCCCAUCGUCCCCGGCCCUAUCGCUCUCUGUGGAGAACGCCCAAGGAUGCUACGAGAAUACAAGGCUUCCUGUUCUGAACUGUUGGCCACAUUGGCACAAGCAGGAGAGCAUGGAGGAGGAGGAGGAAGAGGAGGCUUCUUCGCCUUCCGAAGGGGAAUACUCCAAUUCUCAAUGCUUCAAGGUCGAGCCGUUGCCGUCCCCUUCGCUCUCCUUCCUCGACUCGGCGGUGGAGAUUACCCGCAGCUACUUGCAAGGUUGCUAUGAGAGUCAAAGCGGCAGCAAAGAGUUGAACUAUUUGCCGAAUCGCGGAAAUGGAAGCAAUGAGGAAGAGUGGCAUUUUUCACCUUUGAAAGAGGAAGAUUGCCAAGGAGAAGGGGCAGAGUGGGGUGUGUUUACCCAACGUGGUGAUAAAACGGUCCCCAAAAGGCUCCCUCCGCCCCACCCGUUGAACUAUCCUCUGCACCGGCACGGCGGAGGGAGCUGGAAGGGCCCGGCUCACGGUCCGAAGGGCCCCUUCCGGUGCCCGCGCUGCGGCCGGCCCUUCCAUCAGCUGGGCCCGCUGGCCACCCACGUGCGGGAGCACAAGCUCUGCCUCUGCCUGCGCUGCGGCAAAGCCUUCUCGCAGAAGAGCAACCUGACGCGGCACAGCCGGGUGCACACGGGCGUCAAGCCCUUCCAGUGCCCGGUCUGCCGCAAGCGCUUCACGCAGAAGGCUACGCUGCAGGACCACCUCAACCUCCACCGCGGGCUCAAGCCCCACCGCUGCAACUACUGCGCUGUGCGCUUCGCCCACAAGCCGGGACUCCGCAGGCACCUCAAGGAAAUGCACGGCAAGAGCACCGCCCAGAACAGCCGCCGGGAAGCCAAGCAGGAGCACCAGGAGGUCCCCAUCGGCUUCCAUUGAUGGACGGCUGCGGACUCUCUCUCUAUAUAUAU